UCUUCGUGACCUUAUCUUCCCCGUGCUCUCUCGCCGAGUUCCGACUUUGAUUUUACUCUCUCUCUCUCUCUCUCUCUCUCUAAAACGUUCGAUUGAAGUGUUGUGUGUUCGAUCUGGGUCUCAGACACAGCUUUGGGGUUUGAGGAAGGUGUAAAAACUUUGAGAUCUUUUUGUUCUGUUGCUCUGCAAUUAGACUGUCAGGCGGAGCCUGGAACUGUGAAAGAGUCGAGGAGGUCUUUUUAUCUUUUGGAGAGUAUUAGAACAGCAUGCGGUGGUCGCUGAGUCUCUCUUUUGACGUCUUCCGCAAAGUCAUCUCACUCAACCUUUAUUGUAGAGUAAUUCUGUAAUCCAUUCCGUCUACUCAGAACCCCUCAAGUUUUCUACGCCUCUUUUUAUAUCUCUCUCUAGUUUCCAUGGGAUCCAACUUUCUCGUCGUCGUUCCUUGUUAUGUCCGCCAGAUUAGCUGAAUAUUUCUGGACCUUUUUCCCAUAGUUUCAUUUGGAUCGUUUUCAUUUCGACAUAAUUCUAUUAGUUGCUCUAUUUGAUUUUUGAAAUUCUUCUCCCUGGUUAUUUGUAUUGGGUUUCUGUUUCUCGGUGAUAUAGAUUCACCUUUCUGUUGAAUUCAUCUUUCUCUGGCUUCAGUUUUUUUUUCGGAGUUUUGAACUCAUUGUCCUCUAGAAAAGUUCCAUCCCUCAUAUCAAAUUGUUAGAAAGUAGUUAUGGUGUGCCAAGCAGCGAGUCAAACAAGAUUUCGGGCCAUGAAACACGAAAAUGGGAUUGCAGGGAGCGCGACGAUAAUUGUUAGAGUCAUUGCUUGCUUUCAACCUCUCCAGGACUGCCAGGUUCGUGAUUGUUUUGGUUGGAUGGGAGGAGACUGUGGAACCUGGCUUCCUCAGCUGCAUUUUAAUUGGCAAUCACCCAAUUUGAUUUCCGCGGGUGCUCCCCUUGAAAUAGGGCAGCGAAACCCCUUGCCUGCAUUUAUAAAUUCUGGCACUAAUAUGGCUCCCCUGAAUGGGGCGGUGCCGGUUUACCCAUCUUCUAAACUACCUCAUUCUUGGAUAGGUCAAGCUAAUGAACCUUGCGGUUUGUUUCAUUAUGGACCUCAUUUGCACCAAUCCUUCACCCCUGCCCUUAACAACUCGAUUGCUGAAGGCAGACUGCCUGCUAACACCUAUGAAAGCUGCAGGCAGACCUUCACACCCAAUGCAGGGUCUGAAUGUGCCCAGAAGAGGCUUGUUGUUAUUGAUCAAUCGAGGGACCAAACCACUUUGAUCUUUACUUCUGGGAUUGGGGCUCCUGUCCAGUGUCUUACUUCUUGGAGUCCAAAACCUAGCACUGUUUGUAACUUGAACGGGAAUGAUCUUGGAAUUAAGGGAGAUUCGAACAAUUUCUCAGGACCAUUAUUAACUGAUGAAUUUAAUGAAAAUCCGCUAAUUGAUGGUCAAAGCGAAAUGCAUGAAGAUACUGAAGAGCUCAAUGCCUUGCUCUACUCGGACAAUGAUAGCGAUUAUAUUGAAGAUGGUGAAGUUACCAGUACAGGUCAUUCACCUUGUUCAAUGACAGCUCGGGAUGAGGAAGACUGGUUGGAAGGAAGUACUGAAGAAGUUGCUAGUUCUGCUGGGCCAACUAAGAAGCGGAAACUCAUUGAUGGAGUUUAUGGUGGUGUACCAUCACUGAUGGACACGGCAAGUUCUAAGAAUGCCAACAAAUCCUCUGAAUGUGAAGAUGAUGCAGAAUCUAGUUGUGCCAAUGACAACAAUGUGGUGUCAAGAGAAAUGGGUUUGUUAUCAGGCAACAAGAGGAUGAAGAGGGACAGGAUUCGUGAGACUCUGAACAUUUUACAAAGCAUAAUUCCUGGUGUCAGCAGCAAGGAUGCACUUGUGGUCCUCGAUGAAUCUAUACAUUACUUGAAGGCUUUGAAGCUCAAAGCCAAGGCUUUACGACUUAAUGCUAUCUAAGUUGCAGGGUGCUUUCGACACAAUAUCUUUAGGGUGCGUGGUAUCAUCAGUUGCCGUAUAUUAGAAGAGUACAAAAUAUCAUAUUGGGGUGUGAAUUUGCAUACAGGAGUUCUUUGCAGUGGAGGCAAAAGCUCUUGAGACGGUAGAGAGAAAAGCUUGAACACCUCAAGUCUUUCUGCAGUGAUCGAGUUGGAAAUUAGCAGCUUUGGCGUUGGAGAAUGUAUGUGUAAUUUCUUUCAUGAAGAAGUGCGGUAUAUUAUGUCAUAAUAAAGGGUGGUGAAUCAUUAGUCUUGUCUUAGGGUUUAGAGAAAGUAGAACCCAUCCUUGGGCGUGGAUUGUGGGAUGAGAUGACUGGUUGUUCCAGACGGGGCCCAGGUAGAGGAGCGUGCACGCCCCCCCGGUGUCUUGGGACCCAACUCACACUUUCACUUUCUCUCACUCUUUUUGUAUUCUUGUAAUGUUUAAUUGUUGGUGGCGUUAUCUUUUUCUUGACGUAGAAAUCUGAACCAGCAAAGAGGCCGUAUCCAUUUCAUCAUGCAGCAACUUGUUUGGGGGCCCUAGAUUCACCAUUUCCACUAAUCCUUGAACCCAAAAAAAAGUUUUUUUUUUUUUUUUUCCUUUAAAUAUUCAACUCUUUGUGGGAUUUGAUAUUUUCCCUUCUUUUAUGGCACUGUAAGUUUGUUUGUGGAAAACUGAUAAUGUUUUGCUUGGUGCUAUCUAUCAUGGGUUUAGUGGUAACGUACUUUGCUCUUCUUGUUGUUUGUUGUGGUGGCUUGGUCGGUAGGGAGAUAAUGAUGAUAUCUUGAUUUGGUGUAA